AUGGCUGAAACCCACAAGUCUCAACACGAGGUGUCCUCGCCGGACGUCGAAGAGCACAUGAGCAUUGGGCGUUAUAUAGCCACGCGCAUACCCACGCUCGUUCCGCCGAUGAAUCCGGCGCCGAAUCCAUUUAAAGCGCUAACUCUACUCAACCGCCAGCAAUGGUUGUUCUUCUCGGUGGCGUUUAUUGGGUGGACAUGGGAUGCGUUCGACUUCUUCACAGUCUCUCUGACGACCACUCAACUAGCUACGAGCUUCGAUAAAUCCGUCACAGAUAUUACAUGGGGCAUCACGCUGGUUCUUAUGUUGCGGUCUGUUGGUGCGAUCAUCUUUGGAAUCGCAUCCGACCGAUGGGGUCGCAAGUGGCCCUUUGUGGUCAACCAACUGCUCUUCGUGGUUCUAGAGCUGGGUACUGGCUUCUGUCAGACGUAUAAGCAAUUCCUAGCUUGUCGUUCGCUCUUUGGUAUUGCUAUGGGUGGUCUUUACGGUAAUGCGGCUGCCACAGCCCUCGAGGACUGUCCCUCUGAGGCUCGCGGUAUUGUUUCUGGUUUGCUGCAGCAGGGUUAUGCAUUUGGAUAUUUGCUGGCUACUGCGUUUGCGCGCGGUCUCGUUGAUACUACUCCCCACGGCUGGCGCCCGCUAUACUGGUUCGCUGCUUGUCCUCCAGUACUGAUCAUCGCCUUCCGUCUAUGUUUGCCGGAGACGGAGACUUUCCGCCGUCGACAAGCUACGCGUGAGGAGGUUCGCGGCGGUGUGGCUGCUUCUUUCAUAUCCGAAGGAAAAGUUGCUUUGAAGCGUCACUGGCUAUUGUUGAUUUACCUUGUGCUUUUGAUGGCCGGUUUCAAUUUCAUGUCUCAUGGAUCGCAAGAUCUUUACCCUACGAUGCUGCAGAACCAAUUCAGUUUCUCCAAGAAUGCGGUGACUGUGACGCAGGUCGUCGCGAACUUGGGCGCGCUGACCGGUGGUACACUGUGCGGGUGGGCGAGUCAAAUUUUCGGUCGCCGGUUCUCGAUCAUCGUGAUCAGCAUCGUCGGGGGCGCGCUUCUCUACCCAUAUACCUUCGUCACAUCGCAUAAUGUGAUUGCAGCGGCUUUCUUUGAACAAUUCAUGGUGCAGGGUGCAUGGGGUGUGAUUCCCAUCCAUCUGAUGGAGCUCUCACCCGGUCCCAUCCGCACAUUCGCUGUUGGCACAGCUUACCAGCUUGGUAAUCUCGUGUCGUCCGCCAGUUCGACCAUCGAGUCGACGAUCGGAGAGCGCUUCCCGCUCCCGGCCACGGAGAAGGCAGCCCACCGCUACGAGUACGGCAAGGUCAUUUGUAUUUUCAUGGGCUGUGUCUUUGCCUACACUAUUCUGGUGACUCUUGUCGGACCCGAGCGUCUUGGUCGUAAUUUUGAUGCUGAGCACGAUGCCGAUCUGCAAGUUGUAGCCGCCCACCGUGGAAUGGAGCGACACGAUAGCGACCCUGAGAAGGCAGCUGCCACCAGGGUGGAGUAG